AUGUUCAUGGUGUUACUGGCGGGAUACACCACGUCGACGCUUCCGACGUUGGACAUGUUCACCAUCAACGCCGCCCAAAUAGCAAAUACAGAGUUCAACAACGGCACAGGCAACGGCUGUAAUUGUGCCGAGAUCGUGAACGGGACGCUCACCAUCCACGGCACGGCCGUCAUCAAUGGCACGCUGUCCGUGGGCACGGCAAAGCUCGAUGUCGCUCCAUAUUACUCGGUUUUUACCAUCAACUACUGUCAGGGUGGCUAUCUCCCCGACUAUGCGGACCCAAGCGGAUCAGCCGUGCUCACCCACUGCCAAAAGCCGUCACUGAGUCGGCAUUACGACCUCGUCGACAUCAUUGAGGACUCUAUGAAGCGGACCGGUGAAGCGCUGGGUGUGGACCUGUCGCUGGAUGACCUGGACUGGCCGCAAGGAAUCUCCAAUGCCUUCACAUAUGUCAAUUCGGCGGGUGCUGCGUUUAUCGGCUUCUUGCUGGUGGGCCUGGCGUCUCUCAUUCUGGCUACGUUGGCGGCGUUUUUGAGUCUCUUCCGGGCGACGAAGACCACGGCGAAAUUCUUGUUUAUUACUUCUGUGAUUGCGCUGGUGGCACUGACUAUUUGUUCCGUCAUCGCCACUGCCAUUGUGACGAUCGUCGUGAAUGGCAUCAACGCCAACGGCGACGACAUCGGCGUUUCGGCAGACCAAGGCAACUACUUUAUGGCGAUGAUCUGGAUUGCCGUCGCCCUGCUGUUCGUCUCGACCUUGACCACGACAGCCACGUUAUGCAUCGGGUCCAGUCGUCGGUCACACGCCCCUCUGCGACAGUACGAGGGAUACGACAUGCCGCCGAUGGGCCGGAGAAAGCCGGUCCCCUACUACAUCUAUUCGCCCGACCCCCGAGACUGGGACCCGUAUUCGUCACGGCGGACGCUCGUGAACGACGGGGAAUAUAAUCAGUAUGGAGACGAGUUUAGAUGA